AUGAAGAAGCCUUCCAUUGCAGACCUGAUAUACGAGAGGACAUUUCCCAAACCAAAGCAAAACGACCCAGCUUCAUUCUACGCUCAUGUACACCGGCACAUCGUGGGAGAAGUGAGAGCAGAAGUGCAGACAUACUAUGGAACCGUCGAUAACUUAGAGGCACAAUACCCUGGACUUGACUACACCAACCCAGCCCAUCGCCGACGAAUGUGCAGAUAUGCAUGGCAUAGAAGGUUAUUCCGCGUUUUCGAUGAACUCAAACUGACGAACGACGAGAUAUUGGGUCUCUGUAGGUGGGAGGGGACACGGGCGGCCAAGGAGAGAUACGAACAAGAGGCAAUGACACAAGUCAAGUCAACCACGGCCGCCGAAGUUGUGGCGGCACCCGUGGGAUCUGGACCAAGGGCUAUAUUCGAGCAAUGGUUGCCUUCCUCAGACUCUACUCAAGGUGAAGCCGAGAAGGUCGCCAUGGCUGUCUUGAAUGCAGAAGCAGCGACAGCAGAGGCAGCGCCGGGCAAGGUUCGACAACGAGGUAGAGCCGGAGUGUCACCACAAAGGUCGGGUGAAAUGUAUGAGUGCUUUCGCGACAUUAUGCUCUCGCAGCUGCAAGGGGAAACGUUCGCCACCAGUCAAGUCUUGGAACAAUGGCUACAAGAGGCUUAUGAACGUCAUGACGCGAACCUUGAAUCUGUCAUGAGGGCUGUCUCAGAGUUAGCGGCAGCAGCGGGAGCUGGAGUUGCGGGUGCGAAUGCAAGCAGGAUGGAUGACGGUUCAGGACCUGUACAAGUCGAUCCAGCAUUGCCGUCUCCAGAAUUGGCGCCUUCUGCCUCACGUACCCUAUUCGCCACGCCAGUCCAGACAUCCGACGCCUAUGAAGGCAUUCCUGCCAAUACCAUUGGUGAUCUGCCGCCCAGCAGGACACCGCUGCUUGGAGAAGUCGGCUCUAACUCCAUCCAUGUCGGAAGAAGCCGACCAGAGCUUGCCAGGUAG